GUGAAGUCGUAUGCCAUCUGUCACAUGUAUGUUUUUCUCCUUUGUAAACUGAACUUUGGGCACACCACCAGAUCACACUCCUUCCGUACACAGAUCCGGCCACCGUCUUCUCCGAUCAACUUUCUGCUCUUUAGGUUUUAAACGGUAGAGUUUUAGAGAAGACUUUGAGAAUCGGACUCCAUUCGUCUGCUGCACGAUGAAUUAUAUAUUAGGUGCUUUCAAGCCGGCUUGUAAUAUUCUAAUUACUCUUAAUGAUGGCAAAACUCGCAAGCAGGUCCCGUUGAAGAAGGAAAAUGGUCAGACAGCAUUGGUACCCCUUUUCCAAAGUGGAGAAACGAUUGCUGGAAAGAUAUCUGUAGAGCCAGUUCAAGGGAAGAAGGUUGAGCAUAAUGGUAUUAAAGUAGAACUCCUUGGUCAGAUUGAAAUAUAUUUUGACAGAGGCAACUUUUAUGACUUUACCUCUCUUGUUCGUGAACUGGAUGUUCCUGGGGAUAUAUAUGAAAAGAAAACAUUUCCUUUUGAGUUUGCUACAGUUGAGAUGCCAUACGAGACAUACAAUGGCGUGAAUGUGCGACUUAGGUAUGUGCUUAAGGUAACCAUCAGUCGAGGCUAUGCUGGUAGCAUAACACAAUACCAAGAUAUUGUGGUUCGCAACUAUACCCCGCCUCCAUCGAUAAACAACAGCAUUAAGAUGGAAGUUGGAAUAGAAGACUGUCUUCAUAUUGAGUUUGAGUAUAACAAAAGCAAGUACCAUUUGAAAGAUGUAAUCAUCGGGAAGAUAUAUUUUCUUCUUGUUAGAAUCAAGUUAAAGAAUAUGGAUCUUGAGAUCAGACGAAGAGAAUCUACUGGUUCUGGUGCCAACACUCAUGUAGAGACAGAGACCCUAGCAAAAUUCGAGUUAAUGGAUGGCGCUCCUGUAAGAGGUGAAUCUAUUCCAAUUAGACUUUUCCUUAGCCCAUACGAAUUGACGCCAACACAUCGUAAUAUUAACAACAAAUUUAGCGUGAAGUAUUACUUGAAUCUGGUUCUUGUCGAUGAGGAAGACCGCAGGUACUUUAAGCAGCAGGAGAUCACAAUUUACCGCACUGCAGAAACCUCUUGAUGACUUACUAAAUCAAAAUUCAACCACCUGAUGAAGGAUCAACCUGCAAAGAGUUCCAAACCUGUUGUUUUAAGAUUUAGGACUGUGUCAUACUGCACAGUGCCCACCUUCUCAUCUAAGUUUGAUACUGAAGUCCUUGAUUGUAUAGGCUAGUAAAGGUUAUGUAACAUGGCAUGUGGAAUUGCAGGUAAAUUAGAUGUGUGUUGAGUGAUCAUGUUUUAAAAGAGUCUUAUUUUAUAGACUGAAACAGCAAAUAAACAUUAUAUGUGGACGGGGUAUUAAACCAUUGAACUCAACUCGAAUACAUUAUGGAUUGCUUGACAGUGAUGAUUA